GGUCAUCUGAUAAAGCCUCUGCUGCAGGCAGGACCUGCCUCCUUCCCUCCUCCCAGCAUACUUGCAACCAAAGCUGAAUAUUGCUGUUCUGUGGCUUCCUUCCAGCCUUACGAUUCAGCUCACCAUCUUCAGCUACCUGGAUCAUGGCUCUGCUAUUCUUCUUGAUCCUUGCCUUUUGCAAUGGACUUGGCCUCUUAGAGUCUUCAUCCAGAAUGCGACUGGUGGGGGGUCGCCAUCGCUGUGAAGGGCGGGUGGAAGUGGAACGGGACGGCCAGUGGGGCACCGUGUGUGAUGACGGCUGGGACAUGAAAGAUGUGGAAGUGGUGUGCCGGGAGCUGGGCUGUGGAGCAGCCACAGGGACACCCAGUGGUACUUUAUAUAAGCCAUUGGCAGAAAAAGACCAAAAAGUCCUCAUCCAAGGGGUCAGCUGCAGUGGGAUGGAAAGUGAACUGAUUCAUUGUGAGCAAGAGGAAGAUGUUUUUGAUUGCUCCCACAGUGAGGAUGCAGGGGCGAAGUGUGAAAUUCCAGAGACUGUGAGGCUGGUUGGUGGCCCUGAUCACUGCAAAGGGCGAGUGGAGGUGAAGCACCAACAGCAAUGGGGCACCGUGUGCAAAGCAGGCUGGAAUCUCUCAGCCGCGAAGGUGGUGUGCCGGCAGCUGGGGUGUGGGAGGGCCAUACUGACCCAAAGAUCCUGCAACAAGGAUACCCAGGGCCAAGGGCCCAUCUGGCUGAGUGAGGUGUCAUGCUCAGGACAAGAAGGAAACCUUCAGGAUUGCUCUUCUGGGCUCUGGGGGAAGAAUAACUGCACCCAUGAUGAGGACACAUGGGUUGAAUGUGAAGAUCCCUUUGACUUGAGGCUGGUAGGAGGAGACUCCCGCUGCUCUGGGAGACUGGAGGUGCUGCACAAGGGUGAAUGGGGCUCUGUCUGUGAUGAUGGCUGGGGAGAAAAUGAGGAACAGGUGGUGUGCAAGCAACUGGGCUGCGGGGAGUCAAUCUUUCUAUCUGCCAAAGCCCGGAGAAACCUUGGCCUUGGAGGUGGCCGCAUCUGGCUAGAUGAUGUUCAUUGCUCAGGGAAGGAGCAGUCCCUGGAGCAGUGUCGGCACAGGUUCUGGGGGUAUCACAACUGCAACCACAAGGAAGAUGUGGCCAUGACCUGCUUAGAACUGUAGCCUGGCCUUCUUGAUGCUUGACCUGAUCCCUGCAGGCGCUGAGUGUCUUUUGCUUUCUCCUGGGCCAGAAUGGCCUGGCAUGAGCACUGAGCCUGCAGGCUUAGCUACCACUCCCUCAGCCCCUCAGCAGGAAUCUGAACACUCUGCUUAUACUUUGCUCUCAGAGCCAAGCACCCCUAUCAUUGCCUGGAGAUAUGAGCUGUUGAAUUCUCUCUUGCUGGGGAAGAUGAGCUCCUAGUCGCCCUCUCCUCACUGCUGACCCUUUGGCAUUGGUUCUGGCCUCUCCUGCUUCUUCUCAACCAGCCUGGCAUCCCCAGGCCUGUUACUUUGACCACUACAGGCCCUUUUCAAGACAAGAUCUAUGUCUGUAAAGAACAUGAAAGGAAUGAGACAACAAAAGAACAUUUGAAGGGGAAUAUGGGUUAACAAUUACAUGAAAGUUGGGGGAAAGCUUAGAGUCUUUUUGAACGCUUUUUCUUAACCUUCAGGUGAUCACAACAAUUAACAUCUGAAUAUUCUCCUAUUCUUUGAUGAAAGUAGACCAUUCUUUCAAGAGCAGUGCAGUAUCCUGUAAUCCUAGACCUUUUCACGACACUUGGAAAAAAAUAUCACACUCCCUGAAUGCCCAUAAUAAAAUAUCUUUGUUGACCAUCCAUAUACAUCUUGCCAACAUGGUGUACAUUGAACAAGAAGAAUCUCACAAAUUCACUAUAAUUUUUCCAAGGAAAAAUGUAUUGGCUAUGGAGCUGCCACUAGGAGAAGGGAAAGGAAGAGAUGCAGAAAGAGUUUAGGGAGGUCCAGACUCAUGCCUCAUGCCAACCAGAUGAUAUCAUUUUAAUUCUGUCAACUCAGACUUUAGGAUCUGCAAGUCUGAGGCAAGAUAGAAUGAUACUAAGGAGAGAAUCAUGACUUAAUUCUAAAAACUGACAACUUUAGAUUCUGAGGCUGAGCCGAGUACCUGUAAUAUGCCUACAUUUAUGCUUUCUAAUAAAGUAGAUCUCACAGUCUCAACAGUUGCCUCUCUCUGUGAUAUACUCUUUCUACCCAAGAGGAAGCAGGUGUCUCAGCUUUACAGGGAUGACCUUUUAGGCAGGAUUAGGUAGAAGAUGCAAUCUGCCAGCAGAUGCAAUCUUAUGUGUAAUAUAGCUCUCGCCUCUGGAUGGAAAACUUUCUCCCUGUCUAUUUCCUAUAACGGGAAAAUAUGUAAAGAAACCUAGCUUCAUAGAAGAGAAGAAAAUGCCUUAACAGACAUUUUGAGAUCUAUUCUGUCUACUCAAAGAGAUUUUGCCUUUAUCUGAUCAGUUAUCUCAGGUCUUCCUGAUUUUCCCUACAGACUAGUAUCAUGUUCCCUAAACCGCACAGUAUUAUAUCUAGAAUCUAGAGGCCUGCUGAACUGCCUUGAUUGAGUCAUUGAAAAGCUCUUUUACCCUAAGUAGAGUAGAACAGGAUUGGCAUUUCACAAAAGGAACUUUGAUUUCCCCUUAAUUUCUACAUUAAAAUUUCUUUUGUAAAAUUCCUACUUAGCAAGACCCCUGAGAACAAACUGGAUAAAAAUAACACCUCUUGGAGGAGGCCGGGUGAUCCAACGCAGAAGGCAAGACAUGACAGAAGCCUAAUAGGUAGUGUUGGACGUCUAAUAAGAAUGUGUCACUUAAAUAGAGGAAACUGAGAAGCUGAAAGUCAAAGUUGACACUAGCCUAUUAGCACUGUCCAGGAGAAAAUUGUUCCCUGACCCAAGAAUAUGGCUGUUUAUCUUGAUUUCCAAAGUGGACAUGGAUGAAAUAGUACAUCAGAGCCUGAAGAAGUUAGCAUAGUGACAAGGACUGACAGUGCUCACAAAUAUUCAUGUUUGUUUCUUCUUCCUGGACAUGACACUAGUCUAUCCCAAGUUUGUGUUAUAGAAGAUACCCCAACCAGACUCCUGCCCCCACCCUAGCAAAGCAGUGCAGUAAACUGGAGCUCUUCAUUCAACGAGAAUAUUACCCAUUGGGUAUUUUAGGAGUUGCCAAUUGACAUACACCUUAUCCUACAAGUACCUGUCCUGUAACCGGCAUCUCCUGACACUUGUCCAGUUCCAGAUCCCUAGCUACCCCCGAAGUUCUCAGCAUGCACUUGCUCACUACACUUUCUUACAGGAGUCCUGGGCAGCAAUGGGCCUCCAGGUCUGUGGAGCUAGAGCCUAACACCAAGCACCUACAUAAUCUCCAGUGGGGAGGGGACCCACCCCUGGGAGUUUACCCUGAGGCUGCAGCUGCAAAUUGGCCACAAUCAGUCCCCAUUUGGACUUGCUGCCUGAUGGUCCCAGGCUUCUCAAGUAACUAGGGCUCCCAGGUGUCCCUUUGAUCUAGGUGGGACCAUAUGUCCCAUUCUCACAGUGGAAAUAAUUUAUGACACUUUCAUAUCAAGGCAGUUAACAAUAGUGUGCCUUCUCAAUGUUCUUUCUCUCCUUACCUGCUGGCU